GAGGCAAUGACUUUUCCUCUGAUAUCCUGCAAGGGCAUGGAAGUAGACUUUUCUUCUUGCUGCUGAGCAAGUCUGCAUUGGACAUCUGGGAUUUCAUGGGAUGCACUAUAUACGCAGCCAGUUCGGCGGAGGGGCCUGAGCCACAGAGACGCCCCCAUGGUCACAGCACCAGGACCUGUCGCACCCGUGACCGGCCUAAGACCAUGAGUGAUCAUCAGGAUCAGGCUGAGGAUGUUAGGCUCCUAACGCCUCACGAUCAGUCAGAGCCCUCAAAGGAUGAUGACAUGCACUUCAGGGUGCAUCUAAUAGAUGAUCUGUCAUAUGAGGACAUCAAGAAAUGCUACCGUGGAUCUACCGUCAGCAAGUACAAUGCGCAGUACCACAAGCUUUUCCAGAGCGUUGCCAAAGAAGAGCUCCUAAUGAAAGUUUACUCCUGCGCCCUGCUGCGAGACAUCCUGCUACAAGGCCGACUCUACAUCUCUCGAAACUGGCUGUGUUUCUACGCCAACCUCUUUGGUAAAGACAUCAAGGUGGCCAUUCCUGUUGCGUCUGUGCGGUUGGUGAAGAAACAUAAGACAGCAGGUCUGGUUCCUAAUGGCUUGGCUAUCACCACAGACAGCAGUCAGAAGUACGUGUUUGUGUCUCUACUGUCCAGAGAUAGCGUCUAUGAUGUGUUGAGACGCAUCUGCACACAUCUACAGGUCAAUGGGAAGAAGAUCCUAAGCCUCAAGCAGUACAUGGAGGAACCCAACUCUUUAUCUCUGGUAGGUUUCCCUGUCCCUGAAGUUUUCCCUGUACCAGAUGAGUUUCCUCCUGUGCUGAAGUGGAGGAGGAAGCCGUCAGUAGUGUCUGUAGCUUCAUCUCUUCCUGACUUACUGGGAAACUCCCCCGCCGGCCUGAGUGCCGUGGACGCCCCCUUCCAGACAGACAAGCCUCUGGAGGAUCAAAGUCUGGAGACCAAGAAGAUCCUCCUGACGGAGACGAUACCAGAACUGGGCCAGAUGGAGUACCAGCUUCUGAAAUUCUUCAUCCUGCUCAUUAUCCUGCUCAUCCUGUCGUCGUGUUACCUGGCCUUUCGUGUCUGCAGCCUGGAGCAGCAGCUCUCUUUCCUCAGCAACAACCCUGCACUGACUCUCAGAGAGAGGUAA